CUGUGAAUUGCAUAAUAAACAAAGGUUACUGUAGCUAUAAAUUGCCAUGAAUGGUGCUGUAAAAGGGAAACGGCUGCUUGUUUUAAAACAAACUUCGUAAUAGUAGGCAUCCGCCCACUUAUCUUUAUUGUUUCGGAUAUUUCUGAUGGUGUACACGGACGCAUAGCAGUUGUACCUCUUGAAAUCUAGCUAGCUGCAGGUUCGAUUAGUAGGUAGCCAACUAGAGAUGGAGCGAUAAUUUUAUAGGUGGUGCUUUUAGUGUUAUGCAAAGUUGAUCUUUAAAGUUUUUAUUUUUAUUUAUUUUAUUUUUAGCACUAACGUCCAAAGCAUUGGAAUUUGGUGUCUUGAUAUCAGCUUUGAUGGAUAUCAGUAAAACGUAUGUUCGCUUGGGAUAUGCAUUUGUGGGUAUAUUGGUUGGAUUUUCCGCUUUCCUCGUAUGGAACGUCGCCUACUAUCAGCCAUGGACAGCUGCGAUGGGGGGACUAUCAGGCAUUCUUGCACUGUGGACACUGGUUACUCACAUCAUGUACCUGCAGGACUACUGGAGGACAUGGCUGAAGGGACUGAAGUUUUUCUUGGUCAUGGGUGCCUUUUUCUCCCUCCUGUCAAUCAUCGCAUUCAUCACUUUCCUGUGCAUUGCCAUCUCUCGCAAAGAAUCUCUGAUGAACCCUCACAGCCUGUUCCUGUCAUGUGUGUGGAGCUUUAUGAGUUUGAAGUGGUCAUUCCUGCUGGCUCUGUAUUCCUACCGAUACUGUAAAGAAUUUGCUGAUAUCUCCAUCCUCAGUGACUUCUGAAACACUUACUCACUCAGACAGAUAAACACAUAUCUACAAAAGGUGAUAAGAACAUGUUCAGCAGUUAUGCUUUUAAUGGAUACACCCUUGUUGAGCACAGGGGAGAACUGAUGAUAUGAGUGUCCAAGAAGAUGCAAGGGACUACGGAUAGUGACGACCUCAGUUAACAGUUGAAAAUGACGUCUCGUCAUAGGUGUCUUGUAUGUACAGGAGAUAAACAGUUCUUACAGAUUUUUCUUUUCACCAUCCACCCCUUUUCCUGGUUUCUUCUUAUCAACACAGUUAGGUGUUUGGGUAAUUUUAUCAAGUAUGAUUAUCAUGGGUUUUGACAUUUGUCUUGUGGUAGAUGUGUAGAUUUUGGACUAAUUUGACCUUUUUAGAAAGUUGUUGUUGAAAGAGCCGAAUGUACCAUGCUGCUGGCUGAGAGCUGUGUGGGCUCUUGUUCUGUGGUCUCAUUAUAUAGGGGAUAUAGAAGGGCAUAAAGAUAGAAAAAAAUUUGUGCAAGGGUGUUCACUCUCUAGUUAGACAUGACAACCCAAAAACCUUUUUCCUUAUGUAUUUGUCCUGUGUUGCCCUGUUCUGCAGACUCUGUGCUUUUACCCACUUUAUUAAAAAUGUCCUGUGUUGCACUGUUGUGCAAACUGUAUGUAUGGUUUGAAUCAUUUUAUUAAGAGUUUUUUUUUUUUUUUUUCCCCAUUGGGCAAGCAAUGCAAACACAUGACUAGAAUAAUGACUAUGGCUUUUUGAAUGAGCACUUUCUGUUUCAGUUAAGCCUGAGGAUCAGUGAUCACUGCAGUAGUAAAUGUUUGGUGCAGUGUACUGCUGCCAAGCACAGAUGUUCUGUGGGCUUUAAGAGUACAGUUGAAUUCAUCAGACUGUUUUUUGAGUAAGUUAUGGUUGUUAAACCAAAAACCAAAAACCAGUCAUGGUUUUUAAAAACCGCCAUAUAUUUUUAAUAUUUUGUGUAA